CAGAGCUCAGCAGAGAGCAAGCUGAUCAGCUACUCUUCCCAACCUCACCCUGGCCACGGCAGGUUCCGGAAUGGAGCUGCGGCCUUACCAGUGGGAAGUGAUCUUGCCCGCUCUAGAGGGCAAGAAUAUCAUUAUAUGGCUGCCCACGGGCGCCGGGAAGACCCGGGCAGCUGCCUUUGUGGCCAAGAGGCAUCUAGAGACAGUAGACGGAGGCAAAGUGGUGGUAUUGGUCAACAGGGUGCACCUGGUGAACCAGCACGCUGAGGAGUUCAGGCGCAUGUUGGAUAAACGCUGGACCAUGACAACCCUGAGUGGGGACAUGGGACCACGAGCUGGCUUUGGCCUAAUGGCCCGGAGCCAUGACCUGCUCAUCUGUACAGCAGAGCUGUUGCAGCUGGCCCUGGUCAGCCCGGAAGAGGAGGAACACGUGGAGCUCACAGAGUUCUCGUUGAUUGUGGUGGACGAGUGUCACCACACCCACAAGGACACGGUCUACAACAACAUCCUGAGCCAGUACCUAGAGCAAAAGCUGCAGAAAGCAAAGCACCUUCCACAGGUGCUGGGUCUCACGGCCUCCCCAGGCACUGGCAGGGCCACCAAGCUCCAAGGGGCCAUUGACCACAUCCUACAGCUCUGUGCCAACUUGGAUGCGUGGCGCAUCAUGUCCCCGGAGAAUUACCACUCCCAGCUGCUGGAGCACAACCCGAAGCCCUGCAAGCAGUAUGACCUCUGCCAAAGGCGCAGAGAGGACCCUUUUGGAGACUUGCUUAAAAAGCUUAUGAACCAAAUCCAUCAGCAACUAGAAAUGCCUGAGCUGACCCAGCAAUUCGGAACCCAGACAUAUGAGCAGCAGGUGGUGGAGUUGAGCAAGGCUGCGGCGGAGGCUGGACUUCUACAACGGCGGGUGUAUGCGCUGCAUCUGAGACGCUACAAUGAUGCGCUGUUGAUCCACGACACUGUCCGCGCACAGGACGCUCUUGACAUGUUGCAAGAUUUCUACCACAGAGAGCGCACCACAAAAACCCAGAUGCUGCAUGCUGAGCGCUGGCUCCUGGAGAUGUUCGACGACCAUAAGAAUGCACUGGCCCAAUUAGCGGCUCAUGGUCCUGAGAACCCAAAGUUGGAGAUGCUUGAAGGGAUCCUGCUGAAGCAGUUUGGGAGUUCCAACCACCCUCGGGGCAUCAUCUUCACCCGAACCCGCCAGAGUGCAUACUCUCUCCUGCUCUGGCUUUGGCAGCAGCCUGGCCUACAGAAUGUGAACAUCAAGGCCCAGAUGCUGAUUGGAGCAGGGAAUACCAGCCAGAGCACACAUAUGACCCAGAAAGACCAGCAAGAGGUGAUCCAGGAGUUCAGGGAUGGUAUCCUGAACCUUCUGGUGGCCACAAGUGUGGCAGAGGAGGGGCUGGACAUCGCCCAGUGCAGUGUGGUGGUACGCUAUGGGCUCCUGACCAAUGAAAUCUCCAUGGUCCAGGCCCGGGGCCGUGCUCGAGCUGAUCAGAGUGUGUACUCCUUUGUGGCAACAGAGGGCAGCCGGGAGCUGCGGAGGGAGCUGACCAAUGAGGCUCUAGAGCUGCUGAUGGAACAGGCAGUGACUACAGUACAGAAGAUGGACCCCAAAGAGUUCAAGGCCAAGAUCCAGGACCUGCAGCUGGCAGCUCUAGCUAAGCGUGCAGCACGUGCAGCCCAUCGGGAGAGUCAGCAGAAGCAGUUCCUAGCAGAGCAGGUGCAACUCCUCUGCAUCAACUGUAUGAUCGCUAUGGGCUACGGGAGUGACCUGCGGAAGGUGGAGGGCACCCACUACGUCAAUGUGAACCCCAACUUCUCGGUCUACUAUACUAUCUCCCAGAAGCCUGUGGUCAUUAACAAGGUCUUCAAAGACUGGAGACCUGGGGGAACCAUUAGCUGCAGUAACUGUGGAGAGGUCUGGGGCUUGCAGAUGAUCUACAAAUCAGUGACCUUACCGGUGCUCAAAAUCCGAAGCAUGCUCCUGGAGACCCCUCACGGGAGGAUUCAGUCCAAAAAGUGGUCCCGGGUGCCCUUUUCAGUCCCUGACUUUGACAUCCUGCAGGACUGUGCCCAGAGUCUGUCUGACCUCUCUCUAGACUGACCCCUUGUGUCUGUAGUACCUAGCUCAGGCUGCAGGGGGCAGGAUAGUCCAGGAAGCCAUUCUUCUCCCCCUGGGUAAUACUCUAGUUGUGGGUAGCAGGGUACCCAUUAUUCUGCCCCAGAUACUCUUGUAUACAUUGGAUGGAGCUGGAAAACCAAUGCAGGAGAAUUGACAAGCCAUGCUGUACUAGGAGUCACAGCAUCCCUCCCUAGGCAACUUUUGGGUUUUUUGUUUUUCUUUUUGAAGCCCUUCAAAAUUAAAAAUGUUAAAAUGGGAUAGAAAA